CCCGCCCGGGACUCCCUGCGGUUUGUGGACGGGGCUGCCGGAAGGCGGAAGUGCGGAAGCUUCCGGUCAGCGUGCUUCUGAGUGUCGUCGGUGAGUUUCCCGCUUUCCAGGUAAAAUAUGGCUAAAAGCUUACGGAGUAAGUGGAAGAGGAAGAUGCGUGCAGAAAAGAGAAAAAAGAAUGCCCCAAAGGAACUCAGCCGACUGAAAAGUAUUCUUAAAAUAGAUAGUGAUGUUUUAAUGAAAGAUGUUCAAGAGAUAGCAACUGUGGUGGUACCCAAACAUUGUGAAGAGAAAACUCAGUGUGUGGUACAAGAUGAAAAAGAUGACAUGAAAAUGGAGACUGAAAUUAAGAGAAACAAAAAGAGUCUUCUAGACCAGCAUGGACAGUACCCCAUAUGGAUGAACCAGAGACAAAGGAAAAGGCUGAAGGCAAAGCGAGAAAAAGGGAAGGGGAAAAGCAAAGCAAAAGCAGCAAAGGCGGCCAAGGGUUUGGCUUGGUAGACUCUUAAAAACUUGAAAACUCCUACAUGGGACAGGUCUUUGAUUACAACGUAUACAUGGAUUUCAACUUCCACCAAGCAAAAACUUUGUUUUCAGAUUUAACUUGACCUUGUUCUUCAAUUCAAACCCACCUUAACUCCUCAACUUUGUUUUGGGAUCUUGAAUAAAAUAUUCUCCUUGAUAAAUGAGAGCUACGCUGGUACUUUAAUUGGAUGCUGUCCAGUGUGAAGGGAUCCUCAGAUAUCACAGUUCUCUCAAGUGUUACUGUGGCUGUAACUAUUUGGUCUCAGUAAAGAUGAAGAAAAAAAGAUCUACUGACAAAUUUGAGGUGAUUCAGGUUUAAAGAAAAUUUUUAUACAGUUUAAAAUAAAAUGUGAGUAGAAGUA